AAAUGAUGUGGAAUCUGGCUAGUAGCCAGAACAUCAUGAGACAAGUGAAAUCACUCCUGUUGUGAUACAGAGAAGUCAGCAUAAGCCGUUACAAUUAUGCACAACUGUUUUCAUUUUUUGAAGAAGUAAAACUAAAAAUGAAAAUGAUGAAAAAAUUCAUACUUAUUCCUCUAGUCUUCACUGUGGCAGUUGUGUGUCCACUACUGAUAUACUUCAAGGCUGACAGAUCUCUCAAAUCAGGUGAAAAUGUGAUCAAGCGUGAUUCAAUGCACGAGAACACAAACAUCAUUAUAGAAUCUAACCCAGGAACCAUAGCAGAAGAAGAUUCAGGAAUUUUGUCAGUUGUAAAAAUGGCAAAAAGUAUGUACACGAAAACCAAUGAUACAGUAUUAGUUACACUGAUAAAUGAUGCUUAUAUGAGCUUCACUUACAGUUGGCUAUGCAACACAAAACAUAUGGGUAUUCACAAACAGGUAUUGUUCAUUACAACUGACAAUGUGUCUCGAGACAAACUCAACAAGGACUGGCCAGAGGUCAGUGCAGUGGCUCUGUCUGGCCUCUCUCUGAGUGGAGACCAAGUGUACAGUCAUGCAGGCUAUGUUAGACUGAUGGUACGCAGGUCAGAGGCCCUUUUAGCCAUACUGAAUAACAACAUUGAAAUAUUCUUAUUUGAAGUAGAUUGUCUUUGGAUUCGCAAUCCAAUGCCAAGGUUGAAAAAAACAGCUGAACAAUUUGACAUUCUUGUUACCCCAGUUUCUGAAAGACCAGGCAUAAUUGCAGGUGGAUUUAUUUUCAUGCGUCCAACAAAUGCAAUGAAAGUGACUUGGCAAGCUCUUACUGAUAAACUCUAUAAUCUUGAUUCCCGCUUAAAGAAACUGCCACCGAACCAAGUGAUUUCUGAAGGUGAAAAUGACCAACAGUUCUUGUCUGCAUUGAUCAUGUCAAAGUACAAAGGAAUAAAGUACAAGAUGCUGGCUCUUGAAGUCUAUCCUGAUGGAAAAUGGUAUUCUUAUCCAGAAUCUAAACGCAACAAGCUGGAUCCAGAUAUCAUCAAUAAUAACUGGGCACUCGGAAACAAGGCGAAGAUUGACCGUGCCAAAAAGUGGCAUCACUGGUUUGUCAAGGAAGACAACGUUUCUUGUGACAUGGACAAAGUAAAAAAUGUUGUGAAAAAUUAGAUGGUAUCAAAAAAUGAGGAACAAUUUUUAUAAAGGAUAUUGUCCUAUGAGCAGUAUUGUUAUAGUGGUUUUAGAUAAAAUCGGGGACUGUAAAAUGUUUACUCAAAAAUAUUCAGUUGACAGUUUACUAAUUAGAAUUUAUCUGACUAAAUUCAGUAAAUCAGCCAACAUUUUGAUACCGUGUAAUCACAUGGGAUCAGGAAUGAAAUGUACCCACCAUUCCUAUUCAAAACUGAAAUAGACACUACUGUCGAAAGGAAUUUAAUCAAAAUCUAUUUAUUGUUAUUAAUUGAGUUAUACAAACAUAUUUCCUGUUAGAAUAGAUUGUCUCACAGAAUAGUCUUCAAAACAAAAUUUAUUGUUUCAGUUUUUCUGAAGAAAAAAUCUUUUUAUUGCCAAAUUCCAAUGUAACCAAGGUAUUUUGACUUUAUAAUUUAGAUAGGCCUUUAAAAGGAUCAGAAUGUAUAAAGACUUCGCUGGAUGUUGGCUCUGUACAUUGCUGCCCAAACGUAUCUGAAUUCUGUCUCGGAUAAACAAUGUGCAUCCAACACUACAUAACAUGUUGAAAUCACUUCAUGAACAUUUUCAUUGGUUUUAUGUCAUUAGUUGAACACAAAUUACUCUAACCUCCAUUAUAGAAUUUGUUUAUUUAUUUUGCUGUUAAAUUCAAAGCCAUAUAAAACUGCACAUUGAUGAUGUACACAUCACAUUUAGUGAAUUUGUAGCUUAGCUGUAUAUAUGUGAGUUAGAAAUUCAUUUGCUUAUCAAAUUUUAUAAAGAUUACUAUAUAUUUGACUUUAAAGAGUAUAAAUGUGAAUCUUCAGAAUCACUUUGUCAAAAAUCGUUUAUGAUUAGAAGUCAAUCACCUAGCUUUUUUAAAGAUAUUGUUAAAGUACAGCAUUAUUUAGAUACUUGUACAGUACCUGCAGCAUAAUCAUAUUGGAUCUGAGCUUUUAAGUAAAGAAUCUAUAGCAAAAGAAUUGUAUGUCGUUAGCUUAUGUGCAUUUAUUUUUAAUCAAGAUCUUUUCACUUUUUGUUCUUUUUUUAAUGAUGUUUUUGAUUUUUUAUAAAUGUUGCUUUUGAAGUUAAGUUUUAGGAUGAAAUUGAA